CUCCCCCCCAUCUCUCUCACAGGGUAUCCGCAGUGCGCUCUUGCCUGUCGGGUUGCAAUGAACAGGCAAGUUCCCGAGUGAAGUUUUGCUCGUGACUUUGUAUUCACGAGUGCAUGAUACAGCAGGAAAAACAGCAUCGUAAAUUACUAGAUUCAAGCAUAUUUUCAGCACGCCUUAAAUAUAGCGCGCACACAUCCUUUCCUCUUCCCGAUAACCCCCCUAGUUUCUGCAGGGGAAGGCUGGUACAAAUCAUCCUUCUUCAAGAAUAUCUUCGUUCUUCUCAUGGCGUUCCCUUUGUAUUCCUUUCCCUUUUACAAUGCCCCCGAGAACAAUCGAAUCACAGUUUCUCCUCAACGUCUACCACCUCCCGUAAUCGUCGACCCGGCCAAUCAUGAACACCCUCAGGGAUGUCCAUACCUCACGUCCUAUGACAACCCCAACUCACCCAAGUCACCCGGCUUGUCUGUUCCCCUCUCCCAGAUGCAGCUCAAUGCAUUCCAGCCCUUCUCUACCCUUCAGGAAGCUCGUUCUGCACCACAUAGGUCUAACACGUUUACACGCAUGACCGGGAAUGCCAGUCCACCAUUAUAUCCAUAUCAUGGCAUCCCAUCGUUGAGUCGAGCAUCACCCAACGGAGCCGAGUCACACUGUUACCGUGACACAAACAGAGUCAGACCGACUAUUCAGACGGAGAUUCCUAUCAUAUAUUCGCCGUCCGACCCAUCCUCGACCUCGUCAGGUUUCCUCAGUUCGGUUGGGCCUCCUACUCCAAACACCCCUGCUCAACUACGAACCUGUCCUGUUCUGCGCAACCAACCGCUACCUUCUCCAUCCGACUUUUAUGCGAGUCCUCAGACCAUCGACCCGAUUCUCCUCCAGCCCAUGGAAGAGACGGGGCGCGGGCGUCAGUCACGCUCUGGACCGAGACGUCGCUCGUUGAGUCAAGGCUUCACGAUCAAUGUCCAACCUGAUCCCUCUGGGCGUACUGCCUACGUGCAACGUCCCCCUCCUCUUGAUGGUGACUUGGGUUUCACCCUCAACAAUCUUCCAUGUUUGGAACCUGAUAGCGAACCAUCAUCCCUUUUUGCCGAACGUGAUUUUGACUUUAACGUUGCAGACGAAGUACUACUCGGUGUUAUGCUUGAGGCUAGCAACGCAGAGAACGCCCCAUGCGCGUCUGGUUAUCACCGUCCAGAGAACAACGAGGGGAACGAUGGCAAUGCUGCUCAGGGCUCGUCGGCUUUCCGUCACAUAGUGGCAUCCGAAGAGGUUGUGAUUGCUAGUAAGAACCGGCGAACGACGCAGACGCCUAGAUUCAGAUGCCCGAUUAAAGGUUGUAGGGCCGAUUUCACGGCGAAACAUAAUCUGAAAAACCAUCUUAACGCACACAACGGGGUCAAGAAAUAUGGUUGUGAAUCUUGCCAACGCAAGUAUACGACCAGCCAUGUCCUGAAACGCCAUAAGAAGACCUGCAAACAGGCCAAAGCCAAAUGAACAUUUUAUGCUCGGACUGUCAUUCUCUCACUCUUCUCUUAUGACUUGAAAUGGAUGGACAUCUUAAUUCCAUACUUCACUAUACUAAACACCACUCUUUCUGAUUGAAGAUUAACUCCAUCCUUACUGUCCAGUCGUUUCUGGGAUCGAAAGAUAUAAUUACCGAUGUCUUUAUGUUUAUGUUUUAAUGUUGUUGGUAAAGUCGCUGGCGUUCCUUCCCACCAGUUUACAUUUUCGCACGAUUUCUUGGAUUACUCUUCGCUUUGAUGUUUUGCUUUGCUGCUUUCGAAAUUCGAACGUUGUUGCGCUACUUACAUAGCAAGUGCUUUGCUUUUUAGUGUCAAGCCAGUUUCCUUUUCCAUGAAUUAUGUUGGUUACGGCAUGAGCGUCAAAUGGACGUUUUUGUUCAAGGG